AGGUAAUGGAUUUUAUCGAUAAUCAAGCCGAAGAAUCAGAUGCCUCCUCGGGCCAUUCUGAUGAUGAAGAACCACAGUCGAAAAAGAUGAAAAUGGCAAAGGAAAAAUCAAAAAGAAAGAAGAAAAUGGUUGCCAGUUCUGACGAAGAUGAAGACGACGAUGACGAUGAAGAGGAAAACCGUAAAGAAAUGCAGGGAUUCAUUGCAGAUGAUGACGAUGAAGAAGAGGACGCAAAAUCGGAGAAGUCAGAAAAAUCUCGGCACUCGGGAGAAGAUGAGCUCGACGAUGAAGAUCUUGAUUUGAUCAAUGAGAAUUAUGAUAUUCGAGAGACGAAAAAACAAAAUCGAGUUCAAUUGGGUGAUUCCAGUGAUGAAGAUGAGCCGAUACGAAGACCCAACCACGAAGAUGAUGAUUUGCUUUCCGAACGAGGAAGUGACGAUGGAGACAGGCGAAAAGAUCGUGGUCGUGGAGAUCGCGGUGGUUACGGAUCAGAGUCUGAAAGAAGUGAGGAUGACUUUAUUGAGGACGAUGGAGAUGCGCCACGAAGACAUCGGAAACGUCAUCGUGGAGACGAAAAUCUCCCAGAAGGCGCUGAAGAUGACGCCCGUGAUGUAUUCGGAGUGGAAGACUUCAAUUUGGACGAGUUUUACGACGAUGAUGAUGGCGAGGAUGGUCUAGAAGACGAAGAGGAGGAAAUAAUAGAAGAUGAUGGUGAAGGAGGAGAGAUAAAGAUACGCAGAAAGAAGGAUACUACAAAGAAGUCAACACUUCUCGAAUCCAUCGAACCAAGUGAAAUUGAUCGUGGAUUCUUGUUACCUGGGGAUAAGAAAAUCGCGAAAGAAGAUUUACCAGAGAGGUUCCAACUCAGAAGAACACCAGUUACAGAAGCGGAUGAUGAUGAACUGGAAUCUGAAGCUCUAUGGAUUAUUAAAUAUGCCUUCGAAGAAGGGACAGUGACAAAUCAAGCUGACCUGGAUCAAGACGAUAAACUUGAUUGUAUAAUGAAUCUGGAUCCUUCUGUCUAUGAAGAUAGAAAGAAAGCUGUUAUAAAAUCCAUCAAGAAAGUUCUCCAAUUCAUUCGAGUUCGUUCUAAUUCGUUCGAACCUACGUUUAUUGGAUUUUAUCGUAAAGAAGAUAUUGACAAUCUUCUGACAAUGAAUAAUCUAUGGAGAGUAUACGAUUUUGACGAAAAAUGGUGUCAUUUGUCAGAGAAGAAAAAUAAAAUUUACGAUUUAAUGCGUCGGAUGAGAGAGUAUCAGGAACUCAGUGACGAUUUGACCGCAAAAAGACGACCGAUUUCGGAUGCAGAUUUGAUGGACACAAAAUACGCAGAAACUCUUGAACAGCUUACCGACAUACAUGCAAAUUUCCAAUUGUUGUACGGUGCUCUUCUCGACGAUAUGAUUAGAUGGGAAAAAGGACGUUUAACCGGUGAAGAAGAGGAACAAGAGUAUCGAGUCAAGUUCAAGUCAAGCAUUCGUAAUGAUAAGUAUCAAAUGUGUGUGGAAAACGGAAUCGGAGAGCUUGCUGGACGGUUUGGAUUGACUGCAAAACAGUUUUCUGAAAAUUUGAACUGGAAAAAACACGACAUUGAGCAAGAUCCGAUGUUACCAUUGGAAGCAGCAGAAGAGUAUGUUUGUCCUGCGUUCAGUGACAGUGAUAUGGUUCUGAAUGGUGCGAAAUUCAUGCUUGCCAAGGAGAUCAGUCGACAACCACAAGUCAGGCAUAGUGUUCGGCAAGAAUUCCGCCAGUCUGCACAUUUUUGGAUCAAGCCAACGAAGAAAGGACGUGAUACAAUUGAUCAAACUCAUCCCCUCUAUGACAAACGGUAUAUCAAGAGUAAACCAGUUCGAAGUCUCACCGCUGAAGAGUUCCUCUUCUAUCACAAAGCCAAAGAGGAUGGUCUUGUUGAUGUGCUCAUCAUGUAUGAAUCUGAAGAAGAUCAGGAUUCAAAUAACUACCUCGUUAACAAGUAUCUAAGUGAUUCCAUUUUCCAAAAAGACGAAUACACGGAAAAUGUUGAACAAUGGAAUUCAGUGAGAGAUGAGUGUGUGAAUAUGGCUAUAACUGAAAUGCUUGUACCCUACAUGAGGGAUGAGUUGUAUAAUACGAUUCUUGAAGAAGCAAAGACUGCAGUAGCAAAGAAAUGUAGAAAGGAGUUUGCAUCUCGAAUUUCUAGAUCAGGAUAUCUGCCGGAUUUCGAUAAUAACGAUGACGAUGAUGAUGGUAUGGAUCAACAUGGAGCUCGUCGAAUCAUGGCAGUGUGCUAUCCAACAGAGCGAGACGAAGCUUCAUUUGGUGUAAUGGUUGAUGAAAAUGGUGCAAUUGUUGAUUAUCUUCGAAUGGUUCAUUUCACGAAACGAACGUUUGGCGGUGGAAACAAUGGACUAAGGAAGGCCGAGUCAAUGGAUUUGUUUAAGAAGUUUGUACAGAGACGAAAACCUCAUGCUAUUGGAUUGAAUAUUGAGGAUAUGGAGUGUACUCGAUUGAAGAGAGACCUCGAGGAAGCUGUGGCAGAUCUUUUCUCGCAGAACUUGAUCUACAAACCAAUUCCAGUAUUUUUGAUGGACAACGAAGCCGCAAAAGUCUACAUGAGAUCGAAUGUUUCGUUGGCGGAGAAUCCAGAUCAUCCACCGACGCUCCGACAAGCUUUAUCCCUAGCUCGUCUUCUUUUGGAUCCCAUCCCAGAGUAUGCUCAUUUGUGGAAUAUUGAUGAAGAUAUUUUCUGUCUCUCUCUGCAUCCGCUUCAACGGGAUAUCGAUCAAGAGCAAUUGGCUUUGGUUCUCAGUCAUGAAUUGGUGAACAAGGUCAACGAAGAAGGUGUUGAUAUCAAUAAAUGUGCAGAAUUCCCUCACUACACUAACAUGCUCCAGUUCACAUGCGGAUUGGGUCCACGAAAAGCCACUGAUCUUCUGAAAAGCAUAAAAGCUAACGAUAAUUUGAUAGAGAGUAGAUCGAAACUUGUGGUUGGAUGCAAACUGGGACCAAAAGUAUUUAUGAACUGUGCUGGAUUCAUCAAAAUUGACACUAUCAAGGUAUCGGAGAAGACUGACGCUUAUGUUGAAGUUCUUGACGGUUCGAGAGUACAUCCAGAGACCUAUGAAUGGGCUAGAAAGAUGGCUGUGGAUGCGUUGGAGGUUGAUGAUUCUGCUGAUCCAACUGCGGCUCUUCAAGAAAUCAUGGAAUCUCCUGAUCGUUUGAGAGAUCUCGAUUUGGACGCGUUUGCCGAUGAAUUGAGUCGACAAGGAUUCGGAGAGAAAAAGUCGACGUUGUAUGACAUCUCAAGCGAGUUGAGUGCGAGAUAUAAAGAUCUUCGGCAACCAUUCCAAGAACCUACCGGAGAGCUUUUGUAUGAUCUUUUGGCUCGUUCAGGAAAAGAAAUUAGAGAAGGAGCUAAAGUGUUGGGAACAGUUCAAUCUGUGCAGUACCGUAAAGUUGACAAAGAUGCAGCAGACAGCAUGUUACCUGAUGUUGGAGAAGAUGGUCUUUUCACUUGUCCAUGUUGUAAAUCGUUCACAUCUUCGGCUCCUGGUGGAAUUCAAGAACAUAUGCUCGGUGACUCUCGUCAAGGUGGAUGUCCUGGAACACCAGUCGGAAUUCGAGUCAGAUUUGACAAUGGAAUGACUGGAUUCUGUCCGAACAAGAACAUCUCAUCAAGUCACGUAGACAAUCCAUUAACCCGAGUCAAGAUAAAUCAGCCAUAUUACUUCAAAGUUCUCAAGUUGGACAAGGAGAGAUUCUCACUAUUCCUAAGUUGUAAGAGUUCGGAUCUGAAAGAAGAUGAUUUAUCUCAACGUGAUCAGUACUGGGAUGAGCAUCAAUACCAAGCUGAUUUGGAACUGAUGAAGAGUGAAUCGAAAAAGAAGACAGAAGCAAAUACACGUGUGAAGCGAGUAAUUGCGCAUCCAAAUUUCCAUAAUGUAUCCUACGAAGCUGCUACGAAAAUGUUGGAUGAAAUGGAUUGGUCUGAGUGUAUUAUUCGUCCAUCGGCUAAUAAAGAUUCUGGUCUUUCUGUGACAUGGAAGAUUUGUGACCGCGUCUAUCACAAUUUCUUUGUCAAAGAAUCCGCAAAGGAUCAAGUUUUCUCCAUUGGUCGGCAACUCUCAGUCGGCGGAGAAGAUUUCGAGGAUCUUGAUGAGUUGAUUGCUCGAUUCGUUCAACCGAUGAUACAGAUCUCUCACGAGAUAACAACUCACAAGUACUUCUUCCCAAAUGGAACAUGCGAAGAAACAGAAGCAGUCGAGCAAUUUGUACGAGAGAAGAAACGAGAGCUGGGACGAUCUCCGUACGUAUUCAGUGCAUCCUACAGACAGCCAUGCCAAUUCUGUAUUUCUUAUAUGUUCGAUAAUACAGAACGGAUUCGACAUGAAUAUUUCAAAAUUGUCCCACAUGGAGUCCGAUUCCGACAUCAAAACUUUGAUACGCUAGAUCGAAUGAUGGCUUGGUUCAAACGCCAUUUCCACGAGCCUCCCAUCGAGUUAAGGCGAUCUGCGAUCCCGGCUCCACAGUAUCGAGUUGGUGCUCCUCCAGCAGCUCCAUACUAUCCUCCUCAAUUCGUCGGCUAUCACUGAAAACCCUGAUCUUAUUCUCUUUAUUACCCACACCUUAUCAGACACAUUCAAUCCUGUUUCCUUUGUUCCAGUCUAUCAACGAUGAUCUAAUUUUAAUUUAUAGAAUACAACAUCCAUCUGUCUUAAUCCCACAUAAUUUGUUUUGAUUUCGGUAAUCCGUUCAUCCUCGAUUUUUACUUUUCAAACAUUUUUAUAUAUCUAUCAAAAUAUUUAUUCAAGCAGUCAUACUGUUCAUGAGCUCUUUCUGUAUUCAAGUACCAUUUUUGUUGUUUACUCAAUAAAUUUCGUAAUCAG